UUUCCUCUCUUAGAAGUGAUUGCAGUACUCUAGUAUCACAAAGAACGUCUGUAUUUAAAUCAACCGAAUGACCCAGUGACAGUGCACAGUGAGUUGAUCGGGUCGUUAACGUUCAUGAUUUCGCCAUGAGUUUCAUUUCUGACCACUGGAUUCUCUUUGCAUCCGCGACUGCAACAAUCUUCAUUUGUAAGCUGAUUAUCGGCCUGAUAAAAAAAAUCCGUAAAGUGAGGCGGCUGACCAAUUUGUUUCCCUCAGCUCCAAGUCACUGGUUUACAGGACAUCUCCAUAAUGUCAAAAAUCAUGAUGGUACAGCUCUUCAAUUCCAUGUAAGAUGUGCAACUGAGUUCAAAACAUGCUAUGUUAUGCGGAGGGGUCCUUUUAUGACAGGACUGGUAUUGUGUCAUCCAGAUACAAUCAGGGUUAUUCAGACUAGUAAUGCUCCAAAAGCACAAACAUACGAGUUUAUUAAGCCAUUGUUUGGGGAUGGACUGAUUGCUGCAAAUGGCAACAAGUGGUUUAGAAUGAGACGACUCCUCACUCCAGCUUUUCACUUUGAGAUACUCCGAUCAUAUGUUCAAAUUUUUCAGGAUUCUAUAAACAUUCUUUUGGAAAAGUGGAUGUCACAGGAGAGUGAUGAAGUUGAAUUAUUUCGCCACUUAAGCCUCAUGACACUGGAUUCCAUUCUGAAAUGUGCCCUUAGUUAUGAAACUGACUGUCAGACUCAAGAAGAAGCUAAUCCCUAUAUCAGAGCAGUAUAUGAUGCAUCUGACGAGGUUCUCAACAGGAUGAUGAAUCCUUUAUUACAUUCAGACAUAAUUUAUAAAAUGACAGCUGGUGCAAAACGUUACUCUGAAGUAUGCACGGUUACCCAGGCCAAGGCAAAGGAGGUCAUUAGAGAAAGAAGAGCUGCUCUUCAAGAUAGUGUUGAGCAAGAGAAGUUAAAGGAAAAGCGAUACUUGGACUUUCUGGAUAUCCUUUUGGCAGCAAGGGACGAAAAGGGAAACGCUUUGACUGAGGAAGAAAUAACUUCAGAAGUUAUGACUUUCAUGUUUGCGGGACACGAUACCACUGCGAGUGCUAUGUCGUGGACAUUAUACAAUUUAGCAAGAUUCCCUGAACACCAAGAAAAAUGUCGAGAAGAGAUAGAUGCAGUGCUUGGCAGUAAAGAGGAGUUUGAAUGGAGCGAUCUCAAUAAAUUAAAUUACGUUCACUUGUGUAUCAAAGAAAGCAACAGAAUCUACCCUCCAGUGCCGAGGAUAAGUCGCUUGUUGGACAAACCGUAUGAGAUUGAAGGAAAACUACUUCCUGAGGGAACAUGGGUUGCUACUCACAUAUUUGCCUUGCAUCGUAAUCCGCACGUAUGGUCAGAUCCCGAGAAAUUUGACCCUCUUCGUUUCACAACUGAAAACAUAGAAAAGAUGUCACCCUAUGCGCACGUUCCUUUCUCUGCUGGGCCGAGGAACUGCAUUGGACAAAGUUUUGCUCUGGCUGAGCUGAAAACUUCAGUAGCAAUGAUCCUACGAAAGUUUGAACUUAGUGUUACCCCGCAGAACAUCAUACAAGACUACAAAGAUCUUCAGCCUCACUUGAUCCUGCGAGCAAAAAAUGGCAUCGUUGUGAACAUUUCACCAAGAAGUAACUCAUGAUAAAGAGAAAAUGUUGACCAGACUUGAUAACAUUUCUAAAUGAUUUUAAUACACUUCUUUCAAAGCAAAACCAAAAGCAUAUUUUUGAAAGUUUGUUCAACCUGAAACAAGUCAUCCAAAUUGUAUUUCCUGUAGUUCCUUUACUGUCUCUGUUUAUCUAGUUUUCUGUCCGAAUUAGAAGGAAGAUAAUUGUCAUUCGGACGAACCAGGUAAGGAAGAGUGAAAUACGUUUUUUUAUGGUGAACUUCGUAGAAAUAUAUGACUUAAGCGUGAUCCUCUUAAUAAAAAUUUUUUUCUGAUUAAUUUGAAAACACUUCUGUCAAGG